AUGCUAGUUCAUCCUCAUCCUCACCAAGCAAAGUAUAGCAGCAAACAAAGCCAGCUUGUCACUGCGCUUCUUUCCUAGUUUCCUUCUCAAUUCUCAUUCUCAAAAGAGAAUAUAUUGAGCUGAUCGAGCUAGAUAUAUAGAAGCACUAGCUAGUUGAUCAACAAUGGAGCACAGCUUCAAAACCAUAGCAGCUGGAGUGGUGAUCGUCGUGCUGCUCCUGCAGCAGGCGCCCGUGCUGAUUCGGGCCACCGACGCGGACCCUCUCCAGGACUUCUGCGUCGCCGACCUCGACAGCAAGGUCACGGUGAACGGGCACGCGUGCAAGCCGGCGUCGGCCGCCGGCGACGAGUUCCUCUUCUCCUCCAAGAUUGCCACGGGCGGCGACGUGAACGCCAACCCGAACGGCUCCAACGUCACGGAGCUCGACGUCGCCGAGUGGCCCGGCGUCAACACGCUCGGCGUGUCCAUGAACCGCGUCGACUUCGCGCCCGGUGGCACCAACCCGCCGCACGUCCACCCGCGCGCCACCGAGGUCGGCAUCGUGCUCCGCGGCGAGCUCCUCGUCGGCAUCAUCGGCACCCUCGACACCGGGAACAGGUACUACUCCAAGGUGGUCCGUGCCGGCGAGACGUUCGUCAUCCCGAGGGGGCUCAUGCACUUCCAGUUCAACGUUGGCAAGACGGAGGCCACCAUGGUGGUGUCCUUCAACAGCCAGAACCCCGGCAUCGUCUUCGUCCCGCUCACAUUGUUCGGCUCCAACCCGCCCAUCCCGACGCCGGUGCUUGUCAAGGCACUCCGCGUGGAUGCUGGUGUAGUUGAGCUGCUCAAGUCCAAAUUCACCGGCGGGUACUAAUUAAUCCGAGAGCAUUUUCAUGGUGUUCUCUGCUACCAGCAGCAUACUUUAAGCUCCCGUUGUGUGGUUGCAUGUUAUUGGAUUGAAUAAACUUUCUCCCAUGUUAUGGGAAUGGAAAUAAAAUGUAAUACUUCUUUGUGAUGUUUUUUUUCUCCUUAUAAUGAAUUAAGAAUCGUGUAUCUUUUCUGUGUA